AUGGAGACCAACGCAUCCCAAAGCACCGCGUUAUGGCUGAUUUUGUACUGCCUUGGAAUUCUCAUGGCAAUCCAAGCCGUUCGGUUUGGCGCUGCCACGCGUCUCUGUCUGUUCCCAAGGGCCAUUGACCCCGGCCUCGUCAACCUGCGGCUGUCGCUCCUGCUUUCGCGCCCGGUGCUGCUCCCUGCCAGCCAUGAGGAUCCUCUCGCCGCUGCCACGGCCUGUGCGGUCCCGGGGGAGGCUGCUGGCGGCAGUGGCGGAGCCAAAGUCGAGAUCUCCCAGGCUCGCCCCGGCGUCCAAGCUGCGCACCACGGCUCCGCUCCUCCUCGCCCUCAAAGUCCUCUUCCUCCUGGCGAAGUGCUGGCUCCAACACCGACAGCCGGUGCCGGACGUGCUGCGUACGGGAUGGAAGAGGCUCCUGUUGAAGGGUCCCAGGGUCGGGAAGUUGCCGCCGAUGAUUGA